AUAAAUCCGAGCGCCCAUUUUCUUGCUUCUCAAACUUGUGUCAGAAUUCCCGAGUGAUUUAAUAAUCUUGCCCAAUUCGAUCUUGGUCGAUAGCUCUGCUUCGAUACGUAAUUGUCAAAGAAAACAGGUGAAGAUGUCGUUGAUUCCAAGUUUAUUUUGUGGCAGACAAAGCAAUGCCUUCGCUCCAUUCUCGCUCGAAAUAUGGGAUCCCUUUAAGGAUUUUCCACUCUCAUCUUCAUCUCUUUCAGGAUCUCAGUUUGCGAGAGAGAAUUCUGCUUUCGUCAAUUCUCGUGUGGAUUGGAAGGAGACCCCAGAAGCCCACGUGUUCAAGGCGGAUCUCCCUGGGCUCAAGAAGGAGGAAGUGAAGGUUGAAGUUGAAGACGACAGAGUGCUUCGGAUAAGCGGGGAGAGGAAUGUGGAGAAGGAAGACAAGAACGACACCUGGCAUAGGGUGGAGCGCAGCAGUGGCAAGUUCUUGAGGAGGUUCAGGCUGCCAGAGAACGCAAAGAUGGAUGAGAUUAAGGCUGCCAUGGAAAAUGGGGUUCUCACUGUUACUGUUCCCAAAGCGGAGUUGAAGAAACCAGACGUCAAGGCCAUUGAAAUUUCCAGUUGAAGUUUUCAAGGGUCAUCUCCCGUAUUUUGUCACUGACCUUUUUUCGUUUGUUUUUCUUCCCUAAUAAUUAUGGCUUGUAAAAUAAAAUAUAGAGGUGGGAAGUGAUUGUACGAAGCGUUGGUAACCCUGUUUAAUCAUUCUAAGCUGCUAAUAUUUUGUGUACGAAGCGUUCGUGCAAAUGUCUGUGUAAAUGUUGCUCUUAAUAAUUUUUAAUGUUCAAGUUUUUUA